AUGCCCACGCUGCAGCAAAUUGCUCUCCCGAUGGAAGGCGAUCAGUCGGAGCUGCAGACGCCCCCGCUGCCGAUAAACCCGCCUCCCAAGUUGCUGGCCAAUGGAAUCGUUUACGGUUUCCGCACCCGGCACCUGUCCUGCAUCGAGGAGAACGACUCGGACUCGCUGCACGGAUCGUCCAUUCCACACGCCUACGAUAUGAUGCAGCAGGCGGACGAGACCUUCCAGAAGUUGAAUGCCAACGAGGAGCAGGACGAGUCGGGCAGUGAGGAGGAGGGCCUGGAGAAUCUGGACGACACCAUCGCCAUGAUCGAUGAGUCGCGGCUCCUGGAGGCCGAUUACCUGGACGAACUGGUGGCCGAGGAGCAGUUGCAGGAGCAGGACGAAGAGGAGGAGUCGUCGGAUCUCGUGGACUCUGGCAAUGUGGAGGAGGACUUCUGGCAGCCGAGCUUCAAUCGUAACGACAUCAUGAUGACCUCUGUCUACGGAGCUCUGAAUGGUUCCUUGACCAGUGAGGUGUCCUCGAAUGCCAUGCCGGGAUAUUCCGAUUGCGCCACGCCCAGAAAGGAGACGGAAGCCGUUUAUGCCACGCCGGAGAAGCGACGAGCCAGCAAUCGAAGUUUCGACUCCACCUGCGCUUCUCUGACCAGUUCCCUGUAUGGAGGAUCAAUGAACUCCUCGCUGGAUCUGAAGUACGCCACCUUGGGCGGUGGAGAUUUGGGCAGCGGGGGAAUCAGUGGAACCAGCACUUUAAGGGGAACCUCGGUGCCUCCGAUGGAUAUAUCUAUGAUGUCCAGCGAUGGAGUGAGUGCCCUCGACUGGGGAUCGGCCAGUGUGAGCUGUGUCUUGGACUCCGGCGAGGGUAAUCCUGCCGAGGAGCUCAACGAGGAAAUGGCUGCCAAGUGCCUGAGUGCCGCAGAAAGUGAUCUCCAGUCCAUCCGACGUCUCCUGGAACACGAUGCCAGUGGCUCCGUGUGCCCCUCCUGCCGCAUAUCCUUCGACAAGGGCAAGAGACGGAAACUGAUCGACACCUGCGGACACGAACGGUGCUAUUCCUGCAUGUUCCGCAACGACCAGUGCCCCAUGUGCAUGAACAGCUCGCUGAAAGAUGUUGAUGGCGCCAACGCUCAGGGCUACGACACCGGAAUCGGUGGAUCCACAUCGACGAUUGUGAGUCCUCUUGGAUCUCCGCAGCCGCAGCUCAGAUCGCAUGCGCAACGGAACGCGGCUCUGGCGCGCUACAUGCAGCAGCACCGCCAGGAGUCGCAGUCGCCGGAUUACCACCACCGCUAUGCGAGCAAUGGCAAGCUGCCCCGGGCGGUGGCCUCUACCAAUGGCAAUGGCUUUUCCACCGGCACCACCCAAACGGUCACCGUGGAUGUGCACCACCACCACCAGCACCUCAGCGGAGGAGUUGCCUCCGCCGCCGCCAAGCAGUUGAUGGCCAACGGCAAUGGUAUAAGUGGCCAUAGUCGCAGCAGCAGUCUAAGCCAUAACAUCCAUGCGGUGGCCUACAGCGAGCUGAGUGCCGCACCACCGGCCUUUGCCACACCGCCGACGCGGAGGCGGUUCUUCAACCACAAGAAUCUGCGCAGCGCCCUCACUGGAGGAAGUGGCGGGCCAUCGGGCGGCGGAGGAGCUGGAGGAGUGGGCGGCGGCCAUCGACGCACUGCCUCCAAUGGGGGUUGUCCCAUUGACACGGCAUCAAUCCUGUCCGGAGAUCAUCCUCAUCAUCACCACCACGAUAGCCAGACGGUGGGCAAGGAGUCCAAUGCCCUCAACACAUCGACCUGCUCGGAUUCGGCGGUCACAAGAAGGCGGCGGAAGAACGUUAGCAACCACAACCUGAAGACCUCCGCUCGCCAUGGAGGAGGUAGUGAGAAUCGCCUGAAUCGGCUCAGUUUGGCCGGAACCUCCGUCUACGCGGGUCAUCUGUCGUCGUUGGUCUUCGGGAAGAUCAAGUCCCUGUGGAGCGUAAACUCCUCCAAUUCCAGCGAGGCGGGACUGAAUCAACUAGCAGGAAGCGACGCCCUUGACCAUCACUCCUCGCUGCUGAACGAGAAGCUGCAGAAGGACCAGCUCCACGCCCGCCUCGGCCUGCUGCUCAACGAUCCUGGGAGCAAUGGGAACAGCAGCAGCAGCGGCAGUGGCUGCGAACCCAUCUCCGCCCACUCCACCACGAGCACGACGAGCAGCAGCGGCGUGGGAGCGAACAGCAACACCACGAGCGGCUCCUCGCAGAACGUGAGUCCGGAGCAGACGCUGGCCAGCGGGGCGGGGAUGCUCAGCGGCAGCCAGCUGUCGGUGGCCACCAGUCACGGGGUCAAGGAGGAUGCACUGAGUCUGUGUGGCAAAUUCAAGGCGGGCUGCUCCAUGCUGCAUGUGUACGAGGCGCUGCCGAGCAAGAGUCGCAAGGGAAAUGCCAGGAGAUCGACGAGGGGUCAAGCAUCCGCUUCCAGCUCUUCGGCAGCAGCGGGAACGGGAGCAGUGUCAUCCAGAGUAACUGCCUCCACUUUGGCGGCGGUUCAGUUGGCCCUGAAGCCACUGUUCUUCGAGGUGCCCCUGCAGGAACCCGAUCCUCCGUACGUCGGUCGCCAGUGGCUGGUGCAGCAGUUGUCCAACAUCCUCCUCGGCACCGAAACGCGGGUGGUGCUGAUCAACGGACAGCCGGGCACCGGGAAGACCGCCUUCUGCCUGCAGCUGGUGGAGUACUCCUGCUUCGGCCGCCGGCAGAUGCAGGACGCCGAUCCCGAUGGCAUCUACAGUCAGCUGCAGCUGGGCGCCCACUGUGAGCGCAUGCGCGGCCUGGCCUCCCACAUGGUGGGCUAUCACUUCUGCCAGGCGGACGCGAAUCUCACCUGUCAGGUGCCGGACUUUGUGCACUCUUUGGCCGCCCAACUCUGCCAGGCGCCGCAGCUGACCGCCUACAGGGAUUACCUGCUAUCGGAGCCGCAUCUCCAGGACAUUCUCAGUGUGCGCGAAUGCAUCGCGGAUGCGGAGCGAGUGAUGAAGCUGGCCAUUCUGGAGCCACUGGCGCAGCUUCACAGGGCUGGAAAAAUUCCCGCCAAGGUGGCUGUUAUCCUGGUGGAUGCCCUCUGCGAGGCGGAGUAUCAUCGUCCCGAUCAUGGGCAUACUAUCGCUAGUUUUCUGGCUCAACUGACGCCGCAUUUUCCGGCCUGGCUGAAGCUAGUGGCCACUGUGAGGACCCAGAUGUUGGAGCUGGUCAAGGCUCCCAGCUACACGCAACUCACUUUGGAUAGCUGGGCGAGCAGUCAGACUUUGCAGCAGGAUAUGCUGGAUUAUAUAGGCGCCCGGCUGGCUGAUAGUCAGGAAAUUCGUAUGAACAUCGGAGGAGGAGGAGGAUUAGGAGUUGGAGGGCAGGGAAGCCAACCGCAGACCAAGUUCGUCUCCCAUUUGCAAUCCCUCAGCCGGGGCUCCAUGCUGUACGCCAAGCUCAUCCUGGAUCUCAUUGCCCGCGGCCAGUUGGUCAUCAAAUCCUCCAGCUACAAGGUGCUACCCGUUUCGCUCGCCCAGAUCUUUCUGCUGCACUUCAAUCUGCGCUUUCCCACCGCCCGCAGCUUCGAGCAGGCUGCUCCCAUCCUCAAUGUCUGCCUGGCGGCUCUCUAUCCGCUGACGCUGGACGAGAUCUACUACAGCAUGGAGGCACUGGGUCAUGGAAGGGAGUCGCUUAGCUGGCCGGACUUUAUGCAGCGCUUUAAGCUGCUCGAUGGCUUUCUGAUUAAAAGGUUGGACAACACAUACAUGUUCUUUCACAGCUCCUUGAGAGAAUGGCUGAUGCGGCGGGAUGAGGGCGAGUCCAACAAGUUCCUCUGCGACGCGCGGCUGGGUCAUGCGGCCAUUGCCUUCCGGUUGUCCCGCCUGCAGGCUCCUCUAUCGCCGCAGCUCACUUUGGAGCUGGGUCACCACAUGCUCAAGGCGCAUUUGUAUGGCGGAUCGAGUCUCACGCUCCUUUCUCCACGGGAUCUCCAAUCCUAUUGGUUGGCCGGAGCGGCGGACAACAUCUCCUCCUCGCUGGGCGCCCUGCGCAAUGUCUAUAGUCCGAAUUUGAAGGUCUCCCGAUUGGUUCUGCUCGCAGGAGCCUCGCCGAAUCACCGCACGGAUUACAUGGGCGGUGCUCCGAUCCUUUGCAUAGCUGCUCAUGAGGGCAUCCUGCCCAUGGUCAGCCUGCUGCUGGAAUUCGGCGCCGAUGUGGGUCUGACCAACAGUCAGGGAUGUACUCCCCUGAUUCUGGCCGCCAUGCGUGGCCACUGCGACGUAGUGCGUCCGCUGGUGGCCGCCGGCAGCAGCCUCGGACAACUGGACAUCACGCAGAGGUGCGCCCUGGUUCAUGCCGCCCGCAUGGGUCAUCUUAGCGUGGUCAAAUACCUGCUGGCCUGCGACUGGUCGCCAAGGAAGCACACCCAGGAUGUCUCCAGAUCGGUGGCUCUGCAACAGGCUCUCAUUGGAGCUGCUGCGCAGGCGCAUUGCAAAAUCCUCGAGGAUCUGCUGGACCUCAAUGAGUCGGAGUUCGAUCUGGAUGUGAAUGGCAUGGAGCCGAGCAGUGGAGAGUUGGCGCUCACGGCCGCCGCACGUCACGGAUGCGUGGAUGUGGUGGGCAUCCUGCUGUCCCGCGGCGCCCAGAUCGAUGCGAGGAAUCGCCAGGGAUACUCGCCGCUCUGGCUGGCCGUCAAGGAGGGUCACUGGAGCGUCGUGGAGCACCUGCUGCAGCGGGGUGCCCUGCUGGACGAGCCGCUGGGCGAGACGCGCAAGACGCCGCUGAUGAUUGCGGCGGAGGAGGGUCAUCUCGAGCUGGUGGAACUGCUGCUGGCAAGGGGAGCGGAGAGGGAGGCCCAGGAUCACGAAGGAUUCACGGCGCUCAGCUGGGCCUGCUUGCGUGGACAUCUCUCGGCAGCCAAGACGCUCAUCGAACAUGGCUGCAAUCGCCACCACGAGGAUCACAAUGGACGCACUGCCCUGGAUUUGGCCGCCUAUCAGGGAGCCGCCAGCCUAGUGCUCUAUAUCCUCGACCAGGGCGGCAACCUGGAGCACAUCGAUGUGCAUGGAAUGCGUCCGCUGGAUCGGGCCAUCGCCUGCCGCAACAUCCAGGCCGUGCAGGUGUUCCUGCGCAAGGGCGCCAAGCUGGGACCGACCACGUGGAGCAUGGCCAUGGGCAAGCCGGAGAUACUGGUGGUGCUGCUCAACAAGCUGCUGGAGGACGGCAAUGUGCUGUACCGGAAGAACCGCUUCCAGGAGGCCGCCCAUCGGUACCAGUACGCCCUGCGCAAGAUCUCCGGACUGGAGCAGUUGCUCGAGAGGAAUGCCGUCUUUGGCCAGCUAAGGACCAAUCUGCUGCUGAAUCUGUCGCGCUGCAAGCGAAAACUAAAUGAACUUGACGCCUCCAUAGAUUUGGCCACGCAGGCGAUUGCCCAGAAGCCGCACAGCUACGAGGGUUACUACGCCAGGGCAAAGGCGCGCAUGGAGCUGGGAGCCCUCAACGAGGCGCUGGUGGACGCCAAUGAGGCCAUGCAGCAGGCCGCCCAGAGCGGAGUGCUCUGCGAGGUGGUCGAGGUGCUGAAGCGCAUCCAAACCGAGCUGCUCACCCGGAUCACCAUCAGCAGCGAUGGCGGCGGAGCUUCCGCCGUUUACGAAUCUCAUCACGAGAUCACCGAUUUGUAAAUGUCGAUUGUUGUGUAAUGUUGUACUCGUCGUAUCCUUUUCGAAUUAAUCCCUAUGAUAGUUUAAGUGCCUAUCCUAGACCCUACUUUUUGCUAUUUAUUGCCUUCGAAUGUUUUUAAUUUAAACCAACUGAGAAACUAUUUUUGUAAUUUCUUUUAAAAUUGUCUUUUUAAUUGUGUCUACGCAUGUAAAAAUUAGUUAUAUACUCCGAUUAACC